CUACUCUAGUUCUCACUCAGACUCGCACGCUAACUACCACCAUCACUCUCGCUCCCGCUCCCGCUCCCACUCAUGCUGGCAAUUCCCAUCCUUGACAUAUAACAUUUCCACUCUAGGACCCAGCACAUCGAUGAAGGUUCUCAUAUAACCACAGCAUCACUGCAGAGGACGAAUAAACAUUUUGGCGAACCACGACCUUGCCCAACCCGACCACAACCACGGCGUACAUUUCGAACCACUUGUCGACAUACCUCAAGUGUGUCAUUGCUUCCAACCAUACGAAAAUUGCUGCAAGCCCAUCGGCUCCGGCUAAGCCUCUUACACGGCGCCUGAGGAACAAGACCCCUUAUAUCGGGACUCAUUAUCUGCGCAGGACGACACAGUUCUGUUUAUUCCCCGAACAACCUCAACAGAGCACAAAAACAGCAAAAAUUAUGUCUGCGUCUCAGGACCGCAGAAAUGUCUCCAGGUGCUCCGUCUCCAAUCUUACACCUGAACAGCUCGAUCGCAAGCGUGCCUAAGACAGGAAAGCGCAGCGUGUCAUCCGCGCCCGCACAAAGAAACGCAUUGAUGAUUUCGAAACCGAGCUCGGCGAGCUGCUCAACUCGCUCAACUCGCGCGAACAGGCUUUCCAGGAGCUCCUCCGCCGGAACCGCAUGCUUGAGGGCGAGCUGCGUGAAGUCGUUGGCUUCUCCAGCUCGCAUCACUGGAGUUGGUAUCAGCCUGCCGAGCCCUACCCGAUGGCCAGUAACUUUCAGUGCGCAGCUGCCGCCAUCACCACCUGGCAGCUUCCCUGGCUACACUCCAGAGAGCUACGGACCCUUUAUUGGCUUUGAUAUCUCGUCAGGAUGGACCCGUUGCGCCGAUGGGGAUGCCCCUGAGUUUCCCGCGUCGGGGUCGUACGACGUUUCCAGUCCGUGCUACCCCAACAGCAAGUGCGGAACUGGUCCGACUUACCUACCUCGCGGCGCCCCAAACCCCAUGGUUCUAUCACCAGCUGGGUGCGAAAAUGACGAUGGUAUCUCGUCCCCUCCUUACCAGCAUCUCUUUCCAAGGAAGCAUGGACGUACAUGGCUAAUAAGUAUCUAGAAUAUGAGUUCUCGCUCAAUGAGCACCGCAAAGCCAAUUCGGAUUCAUGCUACCAUGAGGGAGAAAAUGUGCAUUGGGGAUUCGAAUGAUUAGGGCGUGAAUGGGUCAAACUUCGAUUGUGCUAGAAACCACUCGGGUGUCGGUAGCUG